AUGGCUGAGGCAGCCAUCUUGUAUGGAAGUGUAGGUGUGAGCAAGGAUGACCAAAAAGGCAGAGAAUACCGUUUACUGGGAAUUUAUUCCUUCACAUGUCGCGGAUCCUCUGGGGAGCCUCAACAACCUCAUGAUGCUGACAAGACAGAGAAGAGUCUCUCCAGAUCAGAACACCUCAAGAAACACCAGCAGAGAUCCACAGGGAAGAGAACUCACCGCUGCUCUGAUUGUGGGAAGAGAUUCACCUCAUCAGCAGGCAUUAAAAUUCAUCAGAGAAUCCACACAGGAGAGAAACCUUAUAGCUGUGCUCAAUGUGGGAAGAGCUUUACUGCUUCUAGCUGUCUGACUAAGCAUCAGAGAACACACACAGGAGAGAAACCUUAUAGCUGUACUCAAUGUGGGAAGAGCUUUACUGCGUCUAGCCAUCUGACUGUACACCAGAGAACACACACAGGAGAGAAAUCGUAUAGCUGUGAUGAAUGUGGCAAGAGUUUUGCUACAUCUAGCAGUCUGACUAUACACCAGAGAACACACACAGGAGAUAAACCUUAUAGCUGUGCUCAAUGUGGGAAGAGCUUUACUGCAUCAAGCUGUCUGACUAAACACCAGAGAACACACACAGGAGAUAAACCUUUUAGCUGUACUCAAUGUGGGAAGAGUUUUACUAAGUCUAGCUAUCUAACUAUACACCAGAGAACACACAGGAUUGAAACCUUAUAGCUGUACUCAAUGUGGGAAGAGUUUUACUCAGUCAACCAUCCUGAUGUCACACCAGAGAAAACACACACAGGAGAGAAAUCUUAUAGCUGUGCUCAAAGUGGGAAGAGUUUUACUAUGUCUAGCAAGCAGACUACACACCAUUUAACACAUACAGAGAAACCUCAGCUGUGAUCAGCGUGACCAGAGAUAAUCUGAUAAAAGAUCUCUGAAUAAACAUCAGAAAAUACAUGGAGUUGUUUCAUGAUAUCAAUGAAUUAAUGUCACAAUCUAGAAUGUUUUAACAUUGUAGUAGCAGUAUUUUAAUGAUGUCACAAUGUAGAACCCUAAACGUUUGCCCCUGUUCUAUUGAUUUCAGCAUGAUAUGGAUAUUAGCCUCAGGGGGAAAAUCCAGGCUCUGAAAUGGAAGAGUACUAUUUAUGUGAUUUAACAAAAAGUGACUAACAAAAAUAGUGUUUCGUUACACUUACCACAUUGAUGACCAACUUGAAUCAAAAUGCAACACUUCAAUAUGUAGCGAUCUGUUUUCUACAAGUUGUCCUCUAACCAGUGAUGUACACAUUAUUCCCAGAUUCCGUGUGGUUUUUGAGCUGUUAGUUUUAACGGGACGUGCAACCUCAUCUCCCCUCUGCAAUUGAUUUC